UUUUGCAUGAAUCCCAUUGACAGAGUCACAGUGCUCGGAAAUGGCGUUGUUCUCCAGAAUGAGGGACCACGGAGCCCUGGACAAGGCCCUGGUGAAGGAGCUGAAGUCCUGCUGUGCACGGGAGAGCAACUUUCUUCCCAGGAAGUCUGGUUUGAAGAUGAUGGAGUCCUCAGCGGCGCAGCCCAAACACGUGCCCUGCGUGUCCGUGUGCUGCCUCCACAUGGCGGCCGGCGUGACGGAGGAGGCCGAAGACGUGGCACCCGUCCGCGAGCUCAUCCGCAUCGGCCACAGCAAGUUCACCGUGUCGGACCUCGGUCGCAUCGAGACCGUCGUGGCCCAGAAGCUGGGCCCUGUGACCCCAGCGGUCACUGCCUUCACCUUCUUGCACCUCUACUACUCGGCUUUGAACGCUGUGUGCCAUGAUGACGGGACAGAGAUCCCAAGCGUCAUGACGCUGGAAGCGCAGCUGAAAGCCUGCUUGUGUAGACUUGUUUUCUCCAAAGCAAAAUCGUCCCUACUCGCCCUCGCCCUAGUUGCCUACGAGUUUGAAAGCCUGCAGUGCACCGCCGCGCCAAAGAUGAUGCAGCAGAUGCAAAGAGUCACAAAGGUGAGUGACGGCGAUCUACGCCAUUGGCAACACCUGGUGGCCAAGCGCAUGACGGAGUACCGCUCAGCACAGUGCCACAAGCCCAACGGCAGGAAGCUGGUGUGGGCGCUGUCCAAGAUGACUGCGCAGAGUCUGCACGGCAACCUCUGCACUGCCCCCCGUCUGCCCACCAUACCUGAGGACGCCUGGGACCACAGCCUAAGUGAGGAGGACCCGAGUAGCGGCGAAGACAGCCCUUGCGGCUCUCUGGGCAGCGGUGGUGAAGGAGCCUUCUUCCCUGCCUCCUAUUUGUGACUCAUCACCACCUGUUUUUUCCCAAACAAACGUUGAUUUGCUCCAUGCGUAGCCAAUGUGAAAAAAAAGCAAUAUUUUUGGCAAGUCCUUGGUGGCUUUAGUGUCCAUGCUAGACACAUUCCAGCAAGACAAAAAAGAGUUGCAGUUGACUGUCAGCUAACAUGCUGCUUAACAGGAUUAUGCAAGUAAUAUGUGCCUACUAUGUUCUAAUGUCACAUUUCAAUGUGAAAGUUCCAGACUUAAUAUGCUGCACUGUUAUUAUGGUCUUUUUUUUUUUU